CCAGUGAGAUAGGCUGUACAGAUGGAGGAAUCGGGAAAGACAGACUGCAAGUUGGCAGGAUACAACGUGAUGCCAUAUAUAUGUGAGCGAGUCCCUUCGCUAACCUGCUGACGAGGCCAGACUGUGGUCUUCUAUCUUCCACGAGACCUUACUUUUCGAUGCGCCGGGCUUCAGGAGUCGAUGUUCACUAUGGAUGACUCACAACAGAGCAAAGCGCUAUCUUGCUACGCUCAGCUGGCUGGAUCUGACAGGCGCUCAGAAGCUCGUCCAUCGCAGCUCCUUGAUCUACACGCUCCUUCUGUGCGGCUACAGCAAGGCCCCCUUGAGAUGUGGCGUCUACCAGAGACGUCCAUGCUCCAACAUCCACUGCAGCCAUCACAUAUAAUGCAUCCCCCGCAGUAUUUUGCGGCACCGGCACCUGCAUCAACUGAUCAACAAAAUCCACCGGGCUCGGCGUCGCACCUAUCCAUCAAUCGAACAUUCUUGCCUUCUUCUCACAGCCAUGUGUCCUACCUCCCCCCAUUGUCGUCGACCCAAGACGAGUGUGCUACGCAUACACCGUCUGACCAUCGUUUCGAGACAUCCGGGAUGCGCGUGAAUCAUACGCAACAUGUCGAGCAUCCUGCGACCGCACAUGCCACACGGCGCCAGCAGCUUGACCCGCUUGCGCUGUAUACGAGCAGAGACGAUAAUCACAUCCCACCGACGCCGGUCUGCCCGAAUAUGGAGCAUCUUGUGAAUGGCGGAAAUGCGGAACCUCUUCAAUCGAGCCCUGUUGUCUUCAGAGACGAAACCAGCGGCCAGCAAGAACACUUCUCUCAGUAUACCUCCUCUUCAAGUCUGAUGUACCGGGAAGAUGGGGGCAUCUCCUCCAACGAGCACCUCGAUGCUAGGUCUUCACUGGCAGAAACCGUAGGCCUGCCCGUCGGCAUUUCAGAGGCUCACGUCGCCUCACCCGAUGCACCUCGUUCGUCUCUCCAGUCAAGCGUCCGGUCCGAACAAAAGAAUGGGAAUGGUGCGAAUGGCAGCAGUAUCAAGUCUUCUACAAGCAAGCGUACAAGGCGCCCAAGCAAUAAGGACAGGCCACCACGUACAGAAGAGCAAAGAGCCAGAAGAAGACAGCAGAACCGCAAUGCACAGCGAAACUUCAAGCUUAAAAAGCAAGCGUAUGUGCAGGGACUGGAGCAUAGCGUCGAAGAACACCGAGCGGAGAUCGACAAGGCGAACACACAGAAUGAAAAACUGAUGCGGCUGGCCAGCAGGCUGCAACUUGAAAAUUCACGCCUCAGAAGAUUGCACGGCUUGCCUGCCCAAAGUGUGCUGCCCAACAUUCCCAGUCUUCGUGGUAACUCCGUGCUGAGCGCGUCUCAAACUCCAUUCGACUCUCGAUCUGGCUCCCUCGGUCCAGUCAGUCCGUCGAUUGGUCAGCGUGGAAGCGUACCUGCUGCCAGUUUGACGAGCAUCGUGCCGUCAAUGCCUGCGGCACAAAUGGAGAUGCAAGGAGAACAAGAAGUGCCUCACCGAGUCUUAAUGCAGUCAACUUCAGUGCAAGCAGAAAUGUACGACUCUGUCGAGGAAGGAAGCGGUGGCCAUGCCGCAUCUUCUGUCGUUGAUACACACCAGCGUCACUGGCCUUCUGAGGCUGCCCCGCGUACGCCUUCAACGCUCCAAUCAGGUAUCAUACCCGAACAGAACAAUCCAACAAGCCUUAGUUACUCCGCACCUGGUCAUGAAUACGCUGGAUUGUGGUCGGCUUCGCCUCUUUUCCAAGACAGGGGUUUCCCAUCCCUUUUCAGCAGGCGGUUCCCGAAGGAGCUAGCAGCACAAAACAGUAUGGCUGGGGUAGAUCUACUGAACUCGUUCAGAAAUAAGGCAAUGACGCUGCUUCGCGGCUCUCAGGACUCAGAUGGGCUUCAAGCAACGCCAUGGCAUGCAUCCAACGACAAUGCUUUGCAGAGGACCGAUUUGGCUGAGAGAGAGCUCAAGGAUGAACAGCAUGAUGUGGUGGCCAUCCAGCGGCAGCACGGUUCUAGCGACUGGCUCGCAGACCCAGCUCGCGGUUCCGAGGUUUCCCAGAAUGCACUCAUGCUCUCCAGCUCGCUACGCUCAACGCCACGCAGCCCAAUAUCCGAUCAAGACGAAACAGAGCAUGGAGAGGCAUUCCCGCCGCACCAAGAGGCGAACAUACCCUAUCGCACAGACAUAGGCUCUUCGCGUGACGCAAGUCCGAGUCCACUGGUUCAUCGCACUCCCUCUCUGGAGGAGCAGGAUCCUCGAGCAGAGACGUCUCCUGCGUCUGAAAAGUCUGAUGGUUCCCCCAUUGUGCAACGCGCAAGUACCAUUGCCAAGCAAGGAUCUGAAGGUGCGGACGAGCGUGCGCUGCUUUCGAUCAAGGUUGGGACUCCAUCCGGUCUCAGCCAUGGCGAAUUCGGCGGGCGAUGAGCUGCAACCGCAAGAGCAAGUUGGCGUACAUGAGGACGAGAAAGCAGAGGAUCAUGCAUGUACUACCUGUGGGGAGCUGAAACUCAACAUGCCGUCACCAGCCUUCGUCAUGGGCUUUGAAAGCCUGCUCGAGGCUGCGUCCUCUGCAGGCGAUCUUCAAUAACCUGCGACGGAAUCGAACGAAGUCAUGUUUGCCGCACCGAUAUUGUGGAUCAACAUCUGUGCAUUUGCACCCGUGUUCUG